AUAUAUAUAUAUAUAUAUAUAUAUAAUUUACUGAAGAAAGAAACACAUGAACAUCUUGGAUAACAAAUUGUGUGAGCGCAUUAUCUGUAAAUUUUUGUUCUGGAAGUGAACUACUCUUUUAAAAUAGAGAAUGCAUAUAAAAUCCAAAUUUUGAAGGCAGAUUAGUGCCACAUGGUGGGAGUAAAAAAAAGAGAUGAAAGUCAUCAGCAAUUUCAUGGUUAAACCACUAGAUUCCUAUAUAGCUCUAUAUAAAAUGCUUAUAAAUUCUCGUUAAAGUUUUUUUUAAUUGUUUUUCUUAAGUUUUAUUUAGUUUUCCAAACUAAGAUUUGGAUAUAUAUUAGACAUUCUCAAAGACAACUUUCUUUUAAGGUUUAGAUUUUUUUUGUUUUGUUUUUUGUUUGUUUGUUUUUUGGUUUGAAAUGUCAGUUUUUGCAUUAAUUUUAAUACAGUAAAACCUGAACACAAGACACUUUGUUACACAACAUCAAAAACAAAAAUGAACAGGAAUGCUUUAUCAGAGGUUACUCAAUAUAUCAACCUAUUAUUUUAGUGAUAUUAAUUCAUUUUGCCAUGUUGUUACAGCCUCACCAGUUCAUUUGUAUUUGUACAAUUGUGUGUGUGACUGUGUUUGAGUGGGUGUGUCUGUUUUUCUGUAUUGUGAAUGAUUUGUAGAUUGUACUCACAAAGUAUUCACUGUAUUUUCAUAUUUUUGUGUAUUUUCCCAUGCAUUUCCAAUGGAGAUGUGCAUCCAUUUUUAAAUACGAACAACACAAGUGUGACUUUUUUUUAUGACCAUUUUGCUUUUCAAAUCAAGCCCACAAAUAAAUAAAUGUAUUUAUAAAAUAUACAUUUUAACUUAUAUAAUUGUUUUUGUGGUCACAUAGCGACUGUUUCAUGAACCACUGAAGUAGCGAUUUUUUUUAAUUCUAAAAUAACUGAACAACACCAUGGGCCAAUUGCAUAAAUAAAGGCUCCAUGUUAAGUGUGUGUCUGAGGAACUAGUUUUACCAACUAGCAUUUAGCCAAGGGGUAACCAGUCUUACUUAUUCAAACUGGGUCAAUCUAUCUUUUUGUAACUGACUUUAUGACCAGUCUUGAAGAAAACAAAUUAGAUGAGUAACUUUUAAGACCAGUCUAAGCAGUUUAUGCAACUGGCCCCAGAGGGUUAAUUUUUUUACCACCUUUAACAUCAAGGCACUAGGCUAAAAUAUUGUUGACAUUGUGAAAAAGCCAUCCAGUUGUGUUCAUUCUGAGUUCAUGGCUGGCUUAUCAAAUUAACCUAGCUUUAAACAUCCAAUAGUAAACAACACAUGCCUUUCAUUGCAUUAAGAAAAUGUAAAGUUCAGGUCAAUUGUGUUGUUAGUGAUCAAAUUAUCCACUUGAUUCACAACAUGAUAUGUUAUUACACAGAACUGCAGACCUCAGGCAGUUUUUCCUCAGUUGUUUUACCCUUCAGCUCAGUCUCUGCUUAGUGUGUCCCUAUUUGUCUCCCUAGUGGCAAGUUAGCAGUGUACACUACCGCUGUCCAUGGUGCUGAUGAGUUGGUAACUUGCUCCUCACUAUAAAAUUGGAAGAAUGGUAUUAUGUUGAGUUAAACACUAAUGCUAUUGAAUAAUGUCUCUCUUUCUGUCAAAAACGACAGAAUGCAUGAUUUAUUUAUUGUUGCAAUCAAGGUGUUAUUGUCAGUAUGUGUGUGUGCGCGCGCGUGGGUAUACAUUGGUGUCUACCCCGCCGCACAUGCUCAGACUAGGAGUUCCCCCUCCGCUCGUAGGCCCCUCCCAGACACGCGUGAGAGUGAUCCGGAGCUCGGAGAAGAGCCUCAGUUGCACGGGACCGCAAGAACGUCGCUGGACCCGGGAGGACCGGAGCGCGAGAGACGCCACCGUGGGACUGGAGUUGCGCUCAGGCUGAAAGAUGUUCUCCUCUGUGAAGGCCUUUGAGGGGCAGCAUUACUCCAACCUCAAGAGGCAGUGUCUACAGAGUGGACGUCUGUUUGAGGACCCACUGUUCCCGGCCGUAGAUCACUCACUCUUCUACCUGGGUAACAGGAUCGGCCGUGUGCACUGGAAAAGACCCGGGGAGCUGUGUGAUGAUCCUCACUUGUUUGUGGAUGGGAUCAGUGCCCAUGACCUGCACCAAGGGCAGCUGGGAAACUGCUGGUUUGUGGCGGCCUGCUCCAGCCUGGCUUCCCGAGAGUCACUGUGGCAGAAAGUUAUCCCAGACUGGAAGGAGCAGGAAUGGGAUCCAGAGAAGCCAGAGUCUUAUGCAGGAAUAUUCCACUUCCGCUUCUGGCGGUUUGGGGAAUGGGUGGACGUGGUGAUCGAUGACCGUCUCCCCACAGUGGAAAACCAGCUGGUCUACUGCCAUUCAAAUGAUAGCAACGAGUUCUGGAGUGCCCUUGUGGAAAAAGCCUAUGCCAAAGUUUAUGGCUGCUAUGAGGCCCUGGAUGGUGGAAACACAGCCGAUGCCCUGGUGGACUUUACUGGCGGCGUGUCAGAACCCAUGGACCUUCUGGAGGGCCAGUUUGCUCAGGAUGAAGUCGCCAGAAACCAGCUCUUUGAGAGAGUGCUCAAGGUCCAUAAUCGAGAUGGCCUUAUCAGCUGCUCUAUCAGGGCAACCACAGUAGAGGACAUGGAGGCGAGACUGGACUGUGGGUUAGUGAAAGGCCAUGCCUAUGCGGUGACCGACGUUCGCAAAGUCCGUCUGGGACACGGCCUGCUGGCGUUUUUCAAGUCAGAAAAGCUGCACAUGAUUCGCAUGAGGAAUCCCUGGGGUGAAAAGGAGUGGAGUGGACCUUGGAGCGAUAGCUCAGAAGAGUGGAAGAAAGUGAGCAAGAGUGAGAGAGAGAAACUAGGGGUCACUGUUCAGGAUGAUGGAGAGUUUUGGAUGAACUUUGGAGAUUUCUGUCACUAUUUCACUGACCUGAUCCUGUGUCGACUGAUAAACACUUCUUACUUGAGUAUUCAUAAGACCUGGGAGGAGGAGGUGAUGAGGGGCUCCUGGAUCCACCGUGAAGAACCGCUCCGCAACCGUGCCGGAGGCUGCAUUAACCAUAAAGCCACAUUUCUGCAAAACCCACAGUAUGUUUUUGAUGUGAGAAAAGUGGAAGACGAGGUGCUGAUCUGCCUGCAGCAAAAAGAACGCAGAGCUACUCCCAAGGAGGGCAAAGGCGAGAACCUGGCAAUUGGAUUUGACAUCCAUAGGGUGGAGUUGAAUAGGAAAUACAGAAUGCACUCAGCCCAGCAGAAGGUCGCAGGGUCGAUCUACAUCAACUCUCGCUGUGUCUUUCUAAAGAAAGAGCUAAAGGAGGGACGUUACGUCAUCAUCCCCACAACCUUUGACCCAGGUCAAAAAGGAGAGUUCCUGCUCAGAGUCUUCACUGAUGUGCCUUCAGACUGCAAAGAACUAACUCUGGACGAGCCUCCUCAGACGUGCUGGACCGGGGUGUGCGGUUACCCUCAGCUGGUCACCCAGGUGCAUGUGUUAAGUGCCGAAGGCCUGCAGGGCCAAGAUGCCAAUGGAGAGCUACACUGCUUGAUCUCCCACAAGACACGGUCUGACUUCUGCAUAGGAGCCUCUGACCCAUAUGUGAUCAUCACCUGUGAGGGGGAGAAAGUUCGCUCUCCUGUGCACAAAGACACACGCUGCCCUAAUUUUGACAUUAAGGGAAUAUUCUACCGCAAAAAGCCAAAGGAAGGCAUUCACAUUGAGAUCUACAAUAAGAAUGUGAUUGUUGACACCUUCCUGGGUCAGGUGAUCCUCUUUAGUGACCCUAACGACCGCCAAGAGCAGCACACGGUCUAUCUUAAAGACAAGGGUAGUCACCAAGACAACAACCUUCCAGGCACACUGACUGUACGUGUGAUCACCUGCACCACUUUAACCAACAUCUGAUCAGAAACUAAACGCAGCCUCAUGCAUCCUGCCACUUCACUCUCUCUGCUUGGGUUCUUCAUUCACCUACAAGGCCUUUAGACCUCAUAAUUUAUUUAUUUUUUCAGUAAAUGGUUAGUUGACCCUAAAAAAGUUCUGUCAGAAUUUACUCACCCUCAUGUCAUUCCAAACCUUUUGCUGUUAUUUUUUCAGUGGAGCAAAAAGGGAGACGUAUAAUGAAUCUUAAUGACUGCAUUCAUAAAGAUCUUAAAGGGAAAGUUCAAUCAAAACAAAAUUCUGACAUCAUUUACUCACCCUAAAGUUGUUCCGAAAAGAAGAUAUUUUGAAGAAUUUUCAUAACCAAACAGUUUGGUUACCAACAUUAUUCCAAAUAUCUUCUUUUGAUUUAAACAGAAGAAAGUACCUCAAAAAGGUUCGGAACAACUUGAGUACACGAUGACAGAAUUUUCAGUUUUGAUUGAGCUAUUGUUCUAAAAGCAUCGUAAAUGUAUUCCAUAUAAUUUAUUCCAAAUCUUUUAAAGCAGUAUAUGAGGCCUUAGUCAGGGUAGUGGCAUGUUUCAUUUUUGACAGGAAUGAAAGCGAGGCUGUGAGGCAUGGAGGUACAGUUAAUUCAGUGGAUUGUACUGUUGUUUAACAUCAUACCAAUUGUUCAGCUGACGAAAUGACUUUUGGAAAAAAACACUUUCAGUAGACAAACACUCCAUAAUAUGGAAGCCUGUUUCCACCACUGAAUAAAAAUUGUAAAAUAUUAAAAUAUAUUGCGUGAUAUAAAUUCGCAAUUGCGAGUUAAAAAGUCAUAAUUGUAAGAUAAAAAAUCGAAUUCUGUGAAAUAAAGUCAGAGUUGUGUGAUAUAAACCCGCAAUUGUGAGACAUAAAGUUGCAAUUCUGAGAAAUGAAGAGUUUAUACCAGACAAUACUGAGAAGAAAAUUCAGAAUUGCAAAUUUUUACUUAUUGAUUCUUUUUUUUUUUUUUUUGUUGUGAAACAGGCUUCCAUGCCAUAAAACUGUUUUUAAAGUUGUGAGUUAUGAAAAUGACACUAAGAUCUUUAUGCAUGCCAUUGUAAAGACCGUAACAUGGUGUCUAGUCUGAAUAAGGUCUAUAGACUGAAAUUUAUUAUUCAGUGAUAAUCUUCCGCACUGGUGAGCUGUUAUCUUGAGAACUCAUUGUGAUUAGAUUAGAUUGAAAAGUGAGUUGAACUUGUUCAUUUUGAUUCAUGAACAAACCGUUCGAUCUGAUUCACAGUUCUUAAGUUCUAACUGAAUGACCACUGUUCCAUGAUUCAUUAGUCACUAUAGUCACAUGAUGGGCCACGUCUCGUCUGCCAGAUCACUGAAUGUAGCCCAGCCCUGGGAAAUGAUUCAAAUACGAUUUUCCCCUUGUCUCUCUUUCCAUCCCUUCUCUUCCACACACUCAUCAAAUAUUCAGUCAGUGUCAACAUGUGUGCCCGUUCACACAGUUUCUCUAAAGAUGCACAGUGACGUCGAGGUCCAUCUGUUUACAGAGACCUUGAUCUUUAGCAAGACCUGGUCAGCUCUCAUUUAGCUGAAAGAUUUCAGUGACCGGUGGGCCGCAGCAGGCACUUCUUUGGAUUCUCCAGGUCACGUCGCUUAGCAACAGGAGUCUGGAAAAGAACCUACUGGAGCAUAAGGGUCUCAAGUGGACCCUCGGCCAAAAGCCCACCUGGACUAUCCGCCAGGCCAUUCUUUGCCUGAAAACACGGAUGGAGAUUAUUAAAAUGCCAGAAGGUUUGAUAAGCAUUUAACCUUUUUGUACGUGUGUGUAUUUUUAGGUGACCAGAUAGUCCUGAUUUAAUGAAUUCUAUAUCCCGACAAAGUUCAAGAUAAAAAUGUUCCUAAUAAUUUGUAUUAGCUUUAGUUUGACACCUAUAAACAGUGUUUUAAAACGUCAUCACUAUGAUUUUUCUUUCAUUAGAAACCAGCCGUUUCAUAAAAAGAUAUGUUUUUGAAGGCAGCUUAUGUGGCCCUUUUGACCAGUGUUAUUGUAGGAUUAUUUUUAUACUAUUUUGUUUUUUAUUAAUAUUUUCAAGUAGCCUUUAGCCUCGGUUUCAGUUAAAAAUUCAGUUUUAGUCAUUUUGCUAUUAGCUUUUUAAUUUUUUAGAUUAUUUUUAUAUAAGUUCUAGUUUACAGUUUUUUAGUGCUUCAAUUUUAAAAUGUUUUGUUUCAUUUAUUACCAAGGUAACAUUUCUCAUUUCCUCUCAGGUUCCUUAGUUUUAAGUCUGAUAUUUUAUACAUUUUAUUUUCUUUCAGCUUUCAAACCCCCCCAAAAAAGAGAGAGAUUUAAAAGUAAUUUAAAAGUUACAAUAACAACACUGCUUCGAUCCACUAAUAGAAGUUGUUGCAUUGUCCUUACAAUACAGAGAAGUGCUAACAUGCACAUCAAUUAGAAGUACACGCUAGUAUUUUAUAUUUUAACUAAUUUAAAUUUGUUCUUAGACUGUUUUGAAUUAAAACAGGCAUCAAAUCAGGCCAAAAUGUGCUUAUACUCUAUGUAAGCAUGUAUCCCGAUUUGGUUUUCGUGGUUGUCUGGUCACCCUGGUGUAUGAGUGCUUGUGAUCCAAUAGCCUUCAAACAUAACCUAAGGGCCAUUAAAAGGUAAUGCAUGUUUAAAUCAAAGGGAAAUCAGUGCUAGCGGUGCUCAAAGGAUGGAGAGCAGGCCUUUAGACCCACAAAUAUCUUUACCUCUAAGGAUCGCGAGACUGUAAAACAAGGAUUUAUCUGUCUUAAUGACUUUCUAGUCAGACUUCUGCCAAGCAGCAAGAGCCAUUGUUUGAGCUACACAAGAACUGCCUCACGAUUGCAUUAACAGAUGUUCUGUACUUAAGAGAAGGUCCCUCCUAUUGUCUCUCAACUCCACAUGACAAUGAAGAACUGCACCUUAACUACAGACCCGUGGUGACUAUCAUCACCAGCUUUGUGUCCUUUCCAAUGGCUAGUUGUGCUGUUCCACCAGAGACUGCUACCGAACCCUUUGUGCACUACAAUGACUUUCUGUAUGUUUUCAGUCACUAUAAGUGAAUUCUAGAAAACAGAAAUAAGUCCACAUCACACAACCUUUAUCAUGGUUGGAUAUGUUUCAGCAUCCUCUCAUGUAUUUUUAUUUGAAUGUCAGCUGCACUACUGUGAUUUCUGCAGUGUGUUGUGCUGAAGAUUUGAGGAUUUAUUCCUUCAUGAGUCAUGUUUGCUAAUUUUAGUUAUCUUAAUUAUCUUUUUUUGUAUUGUCUGUGAAGUAUUAUUUUGUUACCUUGUGUAAAGUUUCUUAAUUUUUUCCAUGGUGAAACAGAUGUGAAGGUCAAAUGGUACACAAGUUACCAUGAGCCUGUUUGCCAUUUUUAAUAUUGUGUGUCAAAAAAAAUGUAGCAUAAGAAUCAUAAGAAUAUUAGCUUAUAAUGACUAAUGUUUAUAAAAUUUGUAAUGUUUGUAAAGUUGAGCUGCUGAUCCAAAUGAAUACUGAUGCUCAAACUUAGAGGAACAGGAAAAGAAGUGAGAAGAAGAGAAACAUAAAGAGACCAAACGUUGUUAUAUACCAGGUUCGAACAAUACAA